AUUUGCAGUCUUAAAUACUUUCAGUUCUUAACAUUAAAGGCUUGAAAUUAAGUCCAAAAUAUGAGGAUCAUUCAAAUAUGAGGAUCAUUUAAGGGAACUAAAUAAUAAUUCUUUGGAGUGCAUAUCAGUAUAUUCUUGUCUUUUUUUUUUUGUAUUGUCUCUUUCUGGUCAACCUGCUCCUUGCUUAAACUGUUUCAAUAUGUAGACUUCCUUUACUUUUCAUAAAUAUAAUAUACAGAGAGACAAGCAUAUGUGGAUUAAAAGAUAACGUAACUAUCUAAUUCAAUGAAUUAGGACUUGACUAAAUCUUUUGACUAUUUUCAUUGACUACACGAAGAGUAUGAUAAAAUUUAUUGAUUAAAUCUGUACUAAAUUUCUUUAGAUUUUUGGCAACAAGACUGAAUAAAACAAAAAAUUGCAGAUGAGAUUAACAUAUCAAGCAUAUGAACACUUUAUAUGUGUCUUUACUGUACAAUGGGACAAUAAAGUUAUCACACGCCACUUCACUUGUUAGAGGUAAACCAUAUUUGGUCAAUUCAUCUGCUUUAGGAAUGGAAUUAAAAUCCUUGAAAAAGCUUUCUAUUCCAGAAGCACAAGAAUGUUCUUAUACACCAUUUUACUGUGAGGAAAAUGUUUGGAAACUUUGUGAAUAUGUGAAAAAUGAGCAACCUGACCUACUCCAGUAUUGUUAUGUGGUGUUCAUUUCAAAUGAAAACAAAACAGUACCUUUGUGGCAUCAGCGAUCAAAGAGUGCAGAGAACCACUUAACUGUUUGGGACUACCAUGUUAUUUUAAUAUACACACCACCAGAUCAAGGGGAAGCCUUGGUGUAUGACUUAGACAGCAUGUUAUCUUUUCCUGUAGACUUUAGUACAUACGGUAGUCAGACGUUACGGUCUGACUUUCUAUUAAAACCAGAAUAUCACAGAAAAUUUCGUGUCAUUCCUGGGGAGGUCUUUCUAAAGAAGUUUGCUUCAGACCGUUCUCGGAUGAAAAAUUCGGAUGGUGCUUGGAUAAAAUCUCCUCCUCCCUUCCCCUGCAUCCAGACAUCAGAGAGCACCAACAACUUAGAAGAAUUCAUUAGCAUGAAACCCGAAACUGGAGUUGGGGAGUUGAUGAAUUUGAACCAGUUUAUAGAAAGAUACUUCCCUGAUUGAUAGGUAACUCGAGAUAGGUGGAACUGACAGAAAUGUGUUCACGAGGACAAACCUUGACCUGUACCUCCUGCAUCAGGGAGUAUGAGAAAAUUUACUGUUUUCUACAUAUUUUUUAGA